UGCAUUAACCAUUGGCACUGCGUGGUGUCUCAUUUACGCUUUGUUUUCGCAAUUAGAAGGAACAUCUGUGUUCGCAUACAAGGCUGAAGCAGCCCACUCAAGCGGCCACUGUACAAUUAUGAGAUGAUCUCAGGACGUAAAUAGAAAAGGUUUUGGCUAGAGACGAUACGCGUUUAGAGACUGUGCACAUGGGAAAAUCACUGUCAGAGGCGACCGCAUCCAAGCCGUACCAGGGAGUGAGAGUCAAAGACCCCGUGAAGGAGCUACUGCGAAGAAAAAGAGGAAAUGCUGCCAGAACGACACCCACCGCUGCAGUAGGAACUAGAGCACACAUGUGCACACACACACUCAAUAAGGUAAUGCUUCCCAGCAACACUCUGCCAUCAUACACACAUGCUGGGACUUCCAGCUUUGCAGAAGCCAACCAGAGCAGCCUUAAUGAUUCAUUAGUGGAUGUUGGUGGGCUUUGCACAGGAUGGAUUGCCCAGACCGCCAGCACAACUGCUCUUCAACCUCUGGGUCACUGGACUCCUCCAGACCAACACCACGACCCUGCCAUCCCGCCCCACACAGAUAUGUACGUCCAGCCGAUCUGUCCCAGUUACACUGUGGUGGGCCCUUCCCCUAUGCUGACGUUCACACACACACCUCUCUUCACCAACCUUGCGACCAUGAGCACUUCCAGCUCAGCACUGCCUCAGGUGGAGGUCCCGGACUCCUCCUUUACAUACAUUCCUUGGGCUCAGCCUUUAUCCACCAUCUCCGGCUCCGUUGUUCAGGCCCCCUCGAUGCCAGCAGCGCUGUCGGCCCCGCAGCUCUUCCCAGUGCCUCUGACCUUGCCAAUAGUCUCCCAAGAACCUGAGCCUCAGCAGGUGGAGACUCCCCAGCCCCCUGAGGGCACUCUGGCCCUUGAGAAACUGCUGGAAGAAGAUGAGGGCCAAAAAGAACCCUACAUCUGCAACUCCUCUCUUUUUUCAGAAGAUAUUUAAGAUAUUCGCAUUAGCACUCUUCUUGUGCAGCUUCUUAAUAUGUAGGACUUGCUAGGGUGAUACAGAUGUGGAGUGUUUAAUAUAGGAUUUUGGCAGCUCUUAUGAAAAAUUUAAUUUAGAAGGUAUAACAAAUCUGGAAACUACUGUGAAGAAAUACACUCUUAAAAAAAGGUUCUUUACUGUGGCAGCUAUGGUUCCAUGAAAAACCUUUAACAUCCGUUAAAUCUUUAUAUCCUACAAAAGGUUCUUUACAGUAGAUUUUACUCAGCCCAGUGUCAUCCAAGAUGUUCAUGUCUUUCUUUCUUCAGUCAAAAAGAAACGUAGAAAAUUCCAGAAUUUUUCUCUACGUGGCUUAACUCCAGAUUCAGUGCAGCUUCAAAGGGAUUUACAGGAUCCCAGACAAGGAAUAAGGGUCUUAUCUGGUGAAACAAUGUCUUUUUCUUCAGGCAUUAUAUGACGUAGACAGACUUCAGGCAUUAUAUGACGUAGGCAUACCGACCCAGUGUUUACAAAGCGAACGUGCAAAGAAAAGUCAAACACUCUUUACAGAAAAAAAAAGUAAAAUAAUGAUGUUGGCUGAUUUUGAAGUUGAAAAAAAGAGAUGGAGUUUUUCACCUCAACCUACUUUUUUUGUACCAGAGUACAGAGAUAAAAAAAUAAUCACGUGUGAUCUUUCCAACGUGAUUAUCGCAGAGCUAGUGCAAGACGAGCAUUUGUGAUUAAAAAGUAUAUCAAUUUGCAAUUUUGUUUAGAAAAUGACAGAUCGUUUCGCUACAGAAGACACUUAUUCCUCGGCUGGGAUCGUAGCACACCUUUGAAGCUGUAUUGAAAUUGCACUUUUGGACCUUUAACCCGUUGGCUCCCACUGAAGUCCAAUAUAUGGAGAAAAAUCCUGGAAUGUUUUCCUUAAAAAUUUCUUUUCGACUGAAGAAAGAAAGACAUGAACAUCUUGCAUGACAUGGGGGCGAGUAAAUCAUCAGGAUUUUUUUGAUUUUUAUUUUAUUCUGGAAGUGAACUAAUCCUUUAAUCGGGAAACAGAAUCAAUUAUGCAAACAUCAAAUAUAAUCCAAAUUAUGCUGUAAAGCAGCUCUUACAAAACCAAUAGUGUUGUAAUUAUUAAUCAGUUCAGUGUUCGUACGAUUUAGUUUAAUUAGUGUCACUGUUGUAAAAUUUAAGUUUGAUUCAGCUAUAAAGCAGCUCUACAGAGGACAAUAGUGUCAUUAUUCAGCUCAUGUUCAAGUUUUGUUCUGUUAUGCUGUAUGAUAAUAUCACUAAACAAUUACAGUGUAGAUUAAUGUCAGUUUUAGCUGGACUGGAUUUAUGGAGUGCUCUUCCUCCUUCACAGUUCAUUAAAAUGUCAGUUAGAGUUAGAAAGCCAGAAGUUUUCUGAAAGUUGGAGAAAUCCCCUGUGGAUGUUAUCAUUUUAUCUACCCGUGUCCCUAACCUGCAGGCUUAGUUGUCUCUCAAGUUAACACCUUUCCUAAUGAGAUGUUUGAAUAAGGGUCUGCUCUGCACAUGCUCUACCAUCAAAUCUGCUUCUUUAGAGCUUCUGUACAUGACAUAUCCUAGUCAAACGGGUAUGACAAUAAAGCGAAUGUGCAUUUGCAAGCGUUUUAGUGCAUGUGGUUUUGUGAUAGCAGGGGUUGCGUGUAUGCGUGUGAGGCUGUAACUGAUUUUUUUCAAUUGCUUCCAUGUGUUUCUUUCACAAACCAUUUAAAAAAAAAAAGUUCACUCUGUGUUGCCAAUAAUCACUAAUUCAGCACAAAAUCUCAACAA